AUGAAAGAAUCUGCUGCGGAUCUAGAAAAACUUUAUACUACUGUCACACAAAUAUAUAGAUCACUGGAAACUCUUAGGAGACCAGUGGAUACUUGGGACGACUUUCUAAUUUUUACUGUCAUUCAACGGCUAGAUUCAGAAUCUGUAAAGGCUUGGGAACAGCAUAUUGGCUCUUCACGGGAACUUCCUACGUGGAAACAAUUUCUGGAGUUUUUAAUCACUCGAUUACUGACACUGCAAAACUACGAAAAAGCUCGAUUAGGUAAGCUUUUACAAACGACUCAACUUCCUUUAAAAUCUCAUUUUCAAGGUAAAUUCCAAGAUGAGAGCUCAAAAUCCUGUCCUUUCUGUUCGGAGCCUCAUUGGCCAUACCACUGUCCGCAGUACAAAACAAAACCGGUCCAACAACGAGUUGCUCUUGUGAGAAAACAUCACUUAUGCUAUAAUUGUCUUGGUCCUCACAGAGUGGUUCAUUGUCGUAUGUCAGUUCAUUGCAAAAAAUGUGCUGGAAAGCAUCAUGUCACACUUCAUCGCGGAAACUUUGACGCCGCAAAAUCUAAGGUUACUCAUUUAAAAUCUGAAUCCACAGGAAAGUCAGAAAAAUCCACUGAGGUUGAAUCUAAUACUCAUUCGGAAUUAAAAGGCGGCUCUCAGGUUCUUCAUUCCAUUUGA